UCUGCCUGUCUUAAAAAAAAAAAUGGGAUAAUAUUAGCGCAGUCCUCGUGUUUCAGUCACCCUGUCGGCAAGUACCCACUGAGAACGUGCCGUACGCCUGCCACGCUUUGAAACACGAAGUCUGGGCGAUUUAAAAAGAAAACGCAGAAGAGGCCUGCCGGAAGCCAAGAUGGCGUACAAGGGGUCGCCAGGCCGCGGUUGGCACCUAGUCAGUGUCUGAGCGGGGUGUUUUGGAAGGGGCGGUGGCAAACGCCCUGUCCACCGCCAUGGCCCGACAUCGGAAUGUCAGAGGCUAUCACCACGAUGAAGAUCUUGAAGAUGAUGAUUAUUACGGCCAGUCUGUGGAGGAUGAUUACCAUAUUUCUCCAUCAACAGCUGCUCAGUUUAUUUACUCACCUUCAGUUGUUGAGCCUGCAGAAGAAUAUGAUUCUGAAGAACUGAAGCAAUCUUCCAGCUCGCUUUCAAACCAUCAGCUAAGCGGAAUUGAUCAAGCUCGCUAUUCAUGCCUUGAUCACAUGAGAAAGGUACUUGGAGAUGCUGUACCAGGUGAAAUGCUCACAGAAGCAAUUCUGAAGAACAAGUGUGAUGUGCAGAAGGCUUUGUCAGUGGUUCUGGAACAAGAUAACCUGCCGCGUCUGAAGGACAAGAGUGAGAGAGUAGUAACUACGGGAAACACAGCAAAAGGAGUCUUAUUUUCUUCCUCUGAAGUUUCAGCUGAUAAUGGUCAAAAUUCUUACUCUCAAUCAGGAAACCAUUUGAAUUGCAGUAGCAAACCCUUUGAUUUUCGUAGUUCUGUAGCCAACUACGGAUUAUAUCAUAAACCUUCAGUUGUACCAAGUCACUAUUUACCCCAGAGAAAAAAGAAACUUGACAGGCCUCAAAGUGAAAAGAAACUAGAAUCAUGUAAGUUAACAAGAGAGCUUUCAGUAGCUGACCUAAUUCAUGAUAUACCAACAGAUUCUUAUAAAAGUCUGCCAUCAGUCAGAUUAUCAUCCACAGAUAGUUUGGAAAAUCUGCUUUCAAAAAAUCCAGAUACUGAUUUGUUGAGACAUCAUGUAUCCGAAUGUGUUUCCAAAGAUGAUUCUGCAUUCAAAGGAGUACCAGACUUACAGUCUUUAAUGAUAAAGAGUACACCACCUGAUAAUUCUGUGUUCAUUCAAAAUAACUUACUACCUGAUUUACCAAACGUUCCAGUACAAAGCAAGUUAGUAAGUUUAAAUAAGCAUUUGCACUUAACUAGCUCAUUGGAAAAUAUGACUCUUGAUAAUUUAAAUGCUAGUAAAGAGACUGAAGUUGCAAGUGUUUCUUUAGUUGGGCCAGGUGACAAGAAUCACAUCUUAGAAGAAGACAAUUCGGCCGUUGCCCCAGCCGGAAAGCCCAUCCUAGCUGAACUGUUUCAGGAGAACAAAGGAAACAAUCCAAGUCACUGUGUCACUUUAUCUGAUCUUUGUAACCAGCAGUCAUCUUCCAGUUUCACAGAUCGAAGUUUGGGAUCCUUUCCCCUGUCCCAGCUGGCAAAUCGCUGUCAGUCUUCAACUGGGAUAUCAGAAUUAACAGGAUCUCUCUCAUCCUUGGCAUUUCAUAAAUCUCCCACAAGAGACCGCGAGAAUUUGUCACUUUCUGACUUGAUUGCAGAAACGAUUGCUGUAGACAACUCCAUUAAGAAAGAUUCUUUGGAGCCCAAUUCAUCUGAAAUGAAGUCUCCUGGGAUAGAUUCAAAUAUUGAUCUUAGUGUCCCCAUAAAAACAUCAGAUGUUGUUCCAAAGCCUAUAGUAGAUGAAUUGGUUGCUCCAACAGCAGGAGCUAAAGUUCUAAGUUCAAAGUUAGGAAAAACUUCCAGUUCUGUUAAAGAUAAUAAGAAAAACAAAAAAGGCUCUCUGACUAGAAAAAUACCCUUUUCUCUCUCUUGGACCAAGGCCCUUGCUGCUAGACCUUCAGCUUUAACACUGGGUCUUCGUUACCCACUGAAAGGCCGCAAGCAACGCACCCUUGACCUCUCUAGGACUUUUCUUUAUAGUCGACAAGUCCAAGACGUAAAGGACAAAGAAAUGAGUCCUCUUGUAGCAAUAACACCAUUUGACUUCAAAUCAGCUUCUCCUCAUGACACUGUAAAAGCUAAUCAGAAGAAAGCAUUAAAAGAGAAUAGUAACAAGGAAAACUUGACUCCUGUUGUAGAGCUUGUUAUUUAGAAUUCAUUUAGUCUUUAUAGGAUCACUUCAUAAUAUGGGGUUCAGGUUGUGAAUUUUAUAUUAAAAUUGUCUAAGUCAGUAGGUAAUAUGUUUUUGCACUGAAAUUUUUGUUUUUUUACUCUAUCUUUUAGUGGUAACUGGCUCCAAGUUGAUAGCCUAUAAUGAGUGUGUGUUUACAAAGGGCAUAUGAAAACUUGAUAUUAUGAAAUCAGACCUCAGAUAUAUUUGUUUGGCAUUCAGCUUUAUAAGUUUUACAAUGAGAUACUUUCUUUUAUAAAAUCUUUUUGUGCUUUAUUC